GAGAGGACGUGAAGUGUUGGUAACCCCGCGUGAUGUCACAGCAAGUGUGAUACAACAAGUCCUUGAGAGCACGAGAAGUGAAGGAGUGGGGAGGGGAAGGGGAGAUAAGACGAGAGAUGAUGGAGAGAGGACAGGACGUGAGCGAAAGGGAAUAUUAGAAGGAAUGUGAAAGAGAGGGAAGAGAGAAAAAAAGAGGGUAGAUAGGAAGGUUUAUAUACAGGUUUUAUUUUAAAUCUCCACAAAAUAAAAGCUCUAAAAAUGGUGAAGAUGUCGCUAGUGAUAAGGAUGAUGAUGAUAAUGAUGGAUGGUGGUAGUGGUGGUAAUGAUAAUGAUGGUAAUGAUGGCAAAACUGAAGCUGAAGAUGGCUACAACUAGGAAAGAGAUCUAACCAAAUUAAAACACUGUAGUCAGUAGAGACAAGAAGCGUCAAUAAAAUCUGAGAAUAUCAGUCUGUCCAUUAGUGCCAAUCCGUCCAUCAUGUGUCUAUCGGGCAGUGUCACUACCAUUAAGUGACUUUAGCACACUGACGUAACUGCCUCUGAUCGUAACUCGACAGUGUUACAUGAGUUUUGUAUACCAAUGUAAUAUCCCUUCGUGGUGUAUGACGUCUGAAACAUAUUGCUAGAAGUGCGGAAUGGGCUUAGAACUGUUCUAUUUCAUGAAGAGUCAAGAGUAUGUCAUUCAGAUCAAGGAGUGGUGGAAGCUCGAUCUGUUAACAGCGAUUCCUUCUCUGACUAGCCAGGCUUUUCGUGUAUUCUUAGAAUCAUGUUAAUGGUGCGCAAGGUAGCGCUGAUUACCUAGCAGUGUGAUGCCAUCAAUGUGAGCAGAAAGGUGUAAAAAGGCGACUGGGAUUUCCCUUGACUACCGGAAGCGUGUUAGACCGCUAUCUACCCCAGUUACGUGAGUGGGUUUCCAGUGUGUGGCGGCCGUCAUAUACACUUUGCUUCUGACAGGAGAUACAUUUGCUCUCAGAUUUUCAGUCACACAUACGAGAAUGAAAAAGUGACACCAGGGUUGAAUCAGAAGUGAAAAUACGCUUAUCUAUUGCUACUGAAAGUGAUGUGUAAUGGAUAGUGUCCGGAAGAAGUUAUUUAUUACAGUAAGUUACGGGUUAUUGUUAAACUGUAAAUGAGACCUUUAGCAAUGACGGGCUGCUGGCGUGUUGUUAUUGGGACAUUAAUAUCGGUUUUAUGUGGAGUUGUGUCAUCAUCAUCACCUUCUUCUGUCGCCCGAGAUCAGUGCCAGGGAAGCAGCGGAGCAGGUUGUGAGCCAGACCUUGUCAUUACCUCAUCAGGCUCCUACACGCUGGUGAAGAGGUCCACAGAUCGGGACCAGAUCCUCAAACUCUUCGUGAUGCCUGGGGCAGAUUUCUCUUUUCUGAAUAUUACUCUGGGCUUCGCCAAGCUCAGCAAGAUGCCGGACGGCGCCAAAACACUUCCAGAUCACUUGUGGGAGGGAGUAAAGAACUGGCUCUUCGAGGGCCCUCUGGAGAAGGUCCGCGGGAAAAUCAACAGUCUUCUGGCCACCGUCAGCAGGAAACUCGGCGACUUGACCGGAGCUUCUCACAGUCAGGUGUUGUCCGCAAGUACUUUGGGCCUCAGUGAUGCCUGCCGUUGGUAUAACCUUACUGUGCAGGCAAUUCGCAGCGAACAGAAAAUAACGAAUAAGUGGGCCCUGAGGGUGUUAGUGGACGGAGCAGUCUUCAUAUAUCCGACGUCGUACUGGUGGAGCCUUAACUGGGUGCUGUGGAUGGAGGUGUCGUCGAUGGGAUCGUCGAAGUGGGUGACUACCCGGGACACCGUCUGCCCGUCGCAUCCCUGGGUCGCAGUAGCAGCGGCUGUGGUCGUCGGGGUCGUCCUUGUCAUAUCUGUCGCUGUCACAACGUACUGCUUCUAUAAAAGGAAGUGUUGCGCUCAUCCGGUGUUGGAUAAAGCUCUCAGCUCACCGUCACUUCUUGAGGAGCAGGAGAAAGUGGAGCAGGUGACCUUGCUGGGUCUAUCCCGAGUGGUCACCUCCAGUACCAAGCGCUGGGUCUUCUUCAAGGUCAAGCAGGGUCAAGGAAAAAGGAGCGGCUUGAAUUAAAGGCCACCACAGCUUCCUCCAAAUACAAGUGAGGUUAUCUUCAAGGUCUCGGUGUUAUUUUCAAGAACACAAGGUUAUCUUCAAGGUCACGAGGUUAUCUUCAAGGUCACGAGGUGAUCUUUAAGGCUAAAUUUAGAAACAACCUUAAAGAUUAAUUGGACAUUACACACACAGUGAAGUGAUGAGCACUUUCUGAGAUACUCAAACCAUCCCGUCUGACACCAAUAUGGUCAAAGUCACUUCUGAUGUUUAGUCUUAACAAUGGGUGAACCUCGUGACCUUGUCUGCAUGUUCUUAUGUACUGAGGUGCUAACACGAGAUUAGCGGACUAGAUAUUUACAUUAACGAGAAGAUAUUCGGGUAUACCUAAUAAAGGAGUCACUGAGCUCGCACGGUAUGUAAAUUGACAGUCCGACGCUCUAACAUAAUGGAUUACAUUCCGUCAGUCACCAACUGUAACAAAACUGAAGUCCUUCCCUCGGUCCAGGAGCUUUAACAUUAGAUCUAUUUUACCCCUUC